AUGUCGGCUAUUCCUAUCCGUCCCACGAGCACACACGCGACCAAGCCCUCUGGCUCAACCGUUCCAGUAGUGAGAUCCCAGCUGAGCUAUUCGGUGAGUUCCCGUCGUGCUCCUGCUGCUGCCCGCGUGCCCCGUCUGGAUCGCAUGCCGGCCUACGACAACCUCCGCAAUAUGGUAGGCGAGAUCGAAUGCGGUGUUGCCGGGAUCCCAUCGACGCAUCGGCCAAGAGAUCGCCGAACGGCUGUCUCCAAGACGCCACCGUCUCUCAGACACGAUCGGGUAGGUGCCGGUCUCAACGACCGCUUUUAUCGGCCUGACGGCAGUGGAAGCAGUCGACGGCAACCCCUAGCUUCAGAUGUCCGGCCACCGGCCCUUGUCUCCUCGCGCUCGCAGUCGCCAGCACAGACGCUGCAGCAGAUGGCCCAGUCCGCCUCUCCUGACCCCCUUCGGUCCAACCCCCCCCUCGCUGACGGCCGGCUCGUCCUGCCGUCUACGCGAUACCUCUCUUUUGCCCAGCGGGCGUCUCUAGCCAUGGCCCAGGCUGCCUGCCCUCCUCCCCUCGAUGACCUGCCGCUGCCGUUGCCGCGGAUUCCUAGCGUUCACGGCGCCGGUCGCCGUUCCGCCCGUCAAAUCGUCCAGUGGAGGCAGCCGGGGCCUAGCCGGCUGGCAAAUAUCGACUGGGAAGCAGAGGACGACGAGUGA